AUGGUCCGAGGUUCGAGCUCCGCCACCGCCACCGACUUUGAUGUUCGUGUCCCGAUCGGAAGCUCAGACUCCAUACUCGCCCCCGUUCCUCGAAUUGACAACACUUCUCGCGAUAGGGAUGCUCAUGCAUACAACAAGCUACAUCCGCUUAGUGGAAAGAAAAAUCUAUGCUCUUCUUAUUCUCUUCAUGUUGAGCGACUAAAAUUACUCAGCGCAUUUUGUGCCUUACAUUCGCCCGGCUUUUCCGAUGAAGUCAUUGACAAUCUGCGUUCAAGUCAAUCACCCACCCAUGCGGUCACCGUUCCCUGGUCCGUUCAACGCUGUGAGCUUAAAUGGUUGUUAUGCAUUCUCAUCUCCGCUCCACUAAAUUCGAUGCGCAAUCUAUCGCAACUGAUUCAACGGAUUUCACCUUCGUUGGAACUAACCACCAAGCUUCGUCUGCCAUGGCACACGGCUGGCCAUGCAAACAGUCGUAAGUUGCAACUGAACAAUCGGUAUUCAAGUGAGACAGACUCNAACGAAUUGGCUCAACACGAGUGCCACACCACACGGAUCACGAUGAAUUCAGUAGUUUGUCCGCUUCGAGCCGUCCGUAUACGUCGAGACAUCGUGUGUCUCAUGGAAAUACAACAACAACAACAACUACUACUGCUACUAACGUGCGAUGAGGAUAGGGACAGGAAAACAUAUGCGGCAGUGGCUGCUGCGGCAGCUGUAUCAACGACAAACCCUGUAAGUACAGACCCGCAGAGUUCCUGGUUAACGCCAGCUGAGGCUGCCCGUUACAAAGACGUUAACAAUACGGUUAAUGGGAAACGACAUCAUCCAACUCACAAAAGCCGUGGUGGUAGUGGGAAUAGCAGCAGUAGUAGUGAGCGGUCGCCGUGUGGCCACACCCAGUCGGAUGAUGAUCUACUUCCGCUUCCAUCCGUAGGCCAUGCGUCCGCCGUCGGUCCCAAAGUUUCCGUCGUGUCCGCACGGACAACUAAAGAGCCUUUGGGUGGAUCACGGAGCAAUUUGUCUUUCCGCACUCCGUCUUGGAUUGUCAAUAAUACUUCUUACUCACGUCGAGGCUCCUAUUUAGCUCGUCCAAUUCCUACCCACCCGCGGGUUUCGAACGCGCAUCCAUUCCGAUCUCCGUUUCAUUCUGCUACACCUGAUCUAAAUUGUCCUGCCUAUCCUUUUUCCUACCAAAACUCAUACGCAUACCCUUCUGCGUGCGAUUAUUUCCCUCAUAAAACUAAGUCUUACGAUGAAUGUUGCUUGGACGAUGUGUUUAUUGAAAAUGUUUCUCAUGAAUCCGCCUGUUCAUCGACUGAUCCGUUGUCCGGAGUUUUUGUCGACUUAACGGGUUAUGACGUGACAGUUUCUGUGGAGAGACUUCCACCGAUUACUGAUGGUCCUGGUCAACUACGUGGAUCAAAUCGUCGCUUCGCUUCCAGUGAUACCCAAAUGAAACCACUCUCAUCGCAUCUUUGCAGCACUCCAACUGGUUACCCGACUGUACACGAACAGAAUGUGGCGACAGACUAUCCCGGUCAUCCAGUUGGUUUCACGACAGGGGACUGUCGUCAACGUCCGGCGUUCCAGCGGCAAAUAAGCUGCCCGGAAGAUCCGCUCUCCGUCCCUCGUGGUGAUAACAACUGCAGCAUUAUAACAACCGACCAUGCGACUACUACGAAACGCCUAAGCCUACGCUAUAACUCGAAAUUGAACAAUGUUCCAUUUUUCGCUACCCAAACUCCACAAGGAAACGCAGUUGGUGGUUGGGUGUAUGUUCCCGAACCCAUUCGCGUUCCACGGUCUCAGGAUGUGUAUAAUGCGCUAAGAACAUGCCUCGUUCCACAUUACGAGUUGCGUGAUUAUGCAACCAGUGCUCCUCCGCCACGACAAUGGCGUCGGUUAGAGGAACCAAGCAAAGAUGGAUUCGCAUUCACCUUGAUGUGCUACAACCUGCUGUGUCCUAGCUACGCUACACAGAAUAUGUACCCGUAUUGCCCAUCUUGGGCACUCAAUUGGGACUAUCGAAGACGAGCUAUCCUGGAUGAGAUUCGUGUUUAUCACGCCAACAUAAUAUGUCUUCAGGAGGUGGAAACGAAUCAGUUCGAGGAAAUUUUCAAACCGGAACUGGCCAAACUGAAAUAUGACGCGGUUUUUCUUCCCAAAAGUCGAUGUCGCACCAUGGAUAUGAAAGAUGGCAAGAAAGUGGACGGUUGCGCCAUAUUCUGGCAGGUGGAUAAAUUUGAAAAGUUGCACGAAUUUCAUCACGAAUUCAUGUUUUCCUGCUCGAAUAUGUGUGAAAAUCCGUCGCCUCUGAUUGUCAAUCGCGUAAUGACGCGAGACAAUGUGGCUCUCGGUGUGAUUUUUGAAACGAAAGGUGCACCAGGCCCCGAUGGGCCCGGAGGUCGCCAGUUCUGUGUAACAACUGGUCAUAUUCAUUGGGAUCCGGAGCUUUCAGAUGUGAAGAUGAUUCAAACUAUUUUAUGGACAGCUGAACUGUGGGCCUAUAUUGACCAAUUUCUGACUGGCUCCGGAGACGUGAAGGAUCGGGGUUCGCCGAGUAAUACGCGUAAUACGCCCCUGUCAAAUCGCGUCCCAGUCCCCGGUCCAUCUUCACCCGCGGCCAACAUGCCGGUAAUUUUGUGCGGCGAUUUGAACUCGUUGCCAGAAUCCGGUGUAGUCGAGUUUCUAAUGCGAGGCAGCUUGCCCAAAUCGCAUACGGAUUUCCUAAAUAAUGGUUUCAAGUAUAUGUUUGAGGAUUGGCGUCUGUUAGAGAAAUGGGCCGUGGACGGUGACACCUUGCGGCAUCGAUUCACAUUUGAUCGGGCUUAUCGAGAGUCACAGGGUAUGCAGUUGACAAAUUUCACGUAUGAGUUCAAGGGGAUGAUUGAUUAUGUCCUGUUCUCACGGCAACACUUCCGUCUGUUGGGUAGUUUGGAUCAAAUCCACGAAUCUUGGUUCAUCGAGAAAAAGAUUGUCGGUUGUCCACAUGUUCAUAUCCCGUCUGAUCAUUUCGCAUUGCUUGUCGAGUUGGAACUGGAACCGACACCUCAGUUGGCUUCACUGGUGGCUGCGCGUAGCUCUGCGCGAAGCCGUUGCCGUAGUGAAGGUGGUGUGGGCCUAGAGAACGGUCAGUCUAAAUCCGGACCACCACGGGGUGGUGGAGGAAGCUCACUUGGUUGUAGCCCUCAUUCGACCGGGGCAGUCACUCCGAAUAAUUUGGACGGACGAACGGAAGUCGGUGGGGAUUCAGCAAACGGUUCCAGCGGUGGAACGGGCAAACAUCGAAAACGCUAA